AUGCCCCGUCCGAUGAACAGGGAGGAGGCUCUGCAACGCCUGCGCGAGACGAUCGCCUCCAGGAGCAUCAUCCUGGGCGCCGGUGCAGGCAUCGGCCUGUCUGCUAAAUUCAUCGAGAAGGGUGGCGCAGACCUCAUCGUGCUCUAUAACAGCGGCCGCUUCCGUAUGGCAGGCCGCGGUUCUCUCGCAGGUCUUAUGCCAUACGGAGACGCUAAUGCAAUAGUUCUCGAAAUGGCAAACGAAGUCCUGCCGGUUGUCUCGCGCGCGGGUGUGCUCGCGGGCGUGUGCGGCACGGACCCAUUCCGGUCGAUGCCUCGCUUCCUGCGCACGCUCGCAGACGUCGGUUUCUGCGGCGUGCAGAACUUCCCGACCGUGGGCCUAAUCGACGGCGUGUUCCGUCAGAAUCUCGAGGAGACAGGGAUGGGAUACUCCCUGGAAGUCGACAUGGUCCGCGAGGCGCACUCCAUCGGGCUCCUCACGACCCCAUACGUCUUCAAUGUCGGCGACGCCGAGGCGAUGACGCACGCCGGCGCGGACGUGCUUGUCGUCCACAUGGGUCUGACCACGUCUGGCAGCAUCGGCGCGGUCACGAGCGUCACAUUGGACGACUGCGUGAGCUCGAUUCAGGCGUGCAGAGACGCGGCGGUGAAGAUCAAUCCAGAAAUCAUUGUCCUCUGCCAUGGCGGACCUAUCGCCCGUGCGGAGGACGCGCACUAUGUGCUCAGUAGAACGAAGGGGGUCCACGGGUUCUUCGGCGCGUCCAGCAUGGAGCGUCUGCCGGCUGAGGUGGCGAUCGAAGAAAACACGAAGGAGUUCAAGAAAUUGCGACCUGGACAAUAG